AUGUCAGAAUAACAAAAGAAAUCAGAACAAGCCGCUGCAGGUAAAGAUAACAAGGAUAGUGCUGAUAAGGCUGGUCAAAAAAAGAAAGAUGAUCUGAUACCAAAGGAAGAAGAACUUAAUGAGGAAGAUAAGCAACUCAAGGAAAAAAUUGAGAUUUGUGUUGGCCGUCUCAAUGACCCUGACCUUGCACAAAGAAAGCAUGCUUUACAGUAACUGAGAUAAGAAAUUACUGGAUCUACAGCUACUAUGACUUCAGUUCCCAAACCAUUGAAGUUCCUUACUCCACUCUAUCCAAACAUUAAGGAAGCUCAUGCAAAUUAACCAAAUUCAGAAUUUAAGGUAUUUCAUUCCCAAUUGAUUCAUGAUUAACCAAAUUUCUCUUAGACUUAAUUGUCUGAUUUAGUUUCAGUUGUGGCUAUGGUAGCAUCAGUAGAGGGAUCAUUCGAAAGUAUUAAAUAUUGUUUAGAGGGUACCAAGGGCAACCUAAUUGAAUGGGGACAUGAAUAUUUGAGAUCAUUGGCUGGGGAAAUCGGUAAUGAGUACAGCAAAAGAAUUGAUGGGCAAUCUGAUUCUAGAGAUUUAAUGGAAUUAGUCGAUGUUAUCAUUCCACUCUUUAUGAAGAAUCAUGAAGAACCAGAGGCAGUUGAUCUAUUGAUGGAAGUUGAAAAUCUAGAGAGAUUAGUUAAAUUCACAAAUGAUUCAAACUAUGAAAGAGUAUGCUUAUAUCUUCUUAGCUGCGCUUAAUAUGCAGCUGAUCCAGAAGAGAUGAACAAAGCAUAUAGAACUGCCUUUAACAUUUAUGUUAAGGAAAAGAAGUAUCCCUAGGCAUUGAGAGUUGCUUAGAAAGUCAAUGAUAUGAAUAUGAUUAAGGAAGUUAUGGAGACUACCAAAGAUCCAAUUACAUUGAAAUAAUUGGCUUUCAUGCUUGGAAGAUAGAGAAAUCCACACGAAGCCAGCAAUAACGAAGAACUCUAAAGAAUCAUCUCAAAUGAGAAACUUAGUGAACACUUCAAAUCUCUUGCUAGAGAUCUAGAUGUUCUUGAACCAAAACACCCAGAUCAAAUUUUCAAAACUCAUUUGGAGGAGAGAAAAACUAACGUAGCUCAGCAUAUUGAUAGUGCAAAGUAAAAUUUAGCUGCUACCUAUGUGAAUGCAUUCGUUAAUGCUGGAUAUGGAAAAGAUUUACUCAUGACUGUAGCUGACACAAAGGAAAGCUGGAUUUAUAAGAACAAAGAAGGAGGUAUGCAAGCUGCAGCUGCUAGUUUAGGAAUGAUUCUACUAUGGGAUAUUGAUGAGGGAUUCUCACAAAUUGAUAAAUAUACAGAUGCAUCUGAUGAUUAUAUUGUAGCUGGAAGUUAUAUUGCUCUUGGUAUUGUUAACUCUGGUAUCAAGAAUGAAAUGGAUCCAGUUUUUGCUAUUCUCUAUGAAAAACUUGAAAGCCCAAAACAGAUUCACAAGAUUGGUGCAUUAAUGGGACUUUCAAUCGCAUAUGCUGGCAGUGCAAGAGCAGACCUUCUUGAGGCAAUAUCCCCAAUAGUUCUAGACUCAUCAAAUACAACUGAAUUAUAAGCAGUUGCAGCACUUGCAAUUGGUUUAAUCUACACUGGAACUUGCGAUGAAGAUGCAGCCUAAUCAAUUCUCUAAACUCUUAUGGAGAAGGAGGAAAAGGAUCUUGAGAAUCCAUUUACCAGAGUAUUUGCUCUUGGUCUCGGAUUACUUUAUCUUGGUUAACAAGAUCUUGCUGAGGGUACUUUACUUGCUACAUCUGUUAUCCCAAGCAAAUAAUUCUCGGAAUUUUUAAGCCUUGUAGUUGAAACUUGCGCAUUUGCAGGAUCAGGAAAUGUUCUUAAAGUGUAAAAGCUAUUACAUUUGUGUGCUGAACAUAAGAAAGAAGAAAAAGAUGCUCUUCACUAAAUCGCUGCUGUGAUUGGUCUUGCUUUAGUAGCAUUCGGCGAAGAUAUUGGACAAGAAAUGUGCCUUAGAACUAUGAAUCAUCUUCUUUAGUAUGGUGAACCAAUCAUCAAGAGAACUGUACCUCUCGCUAUUGGUCUUUUGAGAAUUUCAAAUCCUGAUGUAAACUCCAUGGAUUUAUUGACAAAGCUGAGUUAUGAUUCUGACGUGAAUGUCUCAAUGAGUUCAAUAUUCGCUCUUGGACUCAUCGGAGCUGGUACAAAUAAUUCAAAGCUUGCUGGAAAUUUAAGAUAUCUUGCAGCUUACUACGCAAACAAUGCUGAUCAAUUAUUUGUAGUAAGAAUUGCCUAAGGUUUAGUCCAUCUUGGAAAGGGACUGAUGGGCUUAAAUCCACUCCAUUCUGAGAAAUUCUUGUUCUCAAAUGUUUCAUUAGCUGGUCUUUUGACUGUUCUAUAUGCUGCAACUGAUAUGAAGACAUUCAUCAAUGGAAAAUACCACUUCUUCCUUUACUACCUAGUGCUAUCUAUUUACCCAAGAAUGCUUAUCACAUUAAAUGAGAAUCUUGAACCAAUUCAAACUUCAGUAAGAGUUGGUAAUGCUGUUGACACAGUUGGAGCAGCAGGAAGACCAAAGACUAUCACUGGCUUCUAGACUCAUGAUACUCCAGUUCUAAUCGGGCACGGUGAAAGAGCUGAGCUAGGUUCCGAGGAAUAUAUAACAGAGUCACCCUUUAUGGAGAAUUUCGUUAUCUUAAGGAAGAAUCCAGAUUACGUAGAAGCUGAUAAAGAUAAAAAUAAAGGCAAGAAAUGA